CACUUAUGGAAAGUGGUGGGUGUAUUAUUAUUUUAAUUAUUUUUUUUAAUGAAAGUAGGAAUUUUAUUAUUAAUAAUUUAUUUUUUUGACAGAAUACUAGUCCAAUGCGAGUGCUCAACUCAGCCUCAAGUUUCAACUACUGACUUCACUAAUUAUAUGUCCCUCUUUUACUAUUAGUUCCUUCAAUCACUUCUCUCUCCAAAUAUCUCUUUCAUGUUUGAAAAUUUCAUUCAGAGUUUGCAGUUUAACACCACCAUCCUCCUUCUGUUGUACUACUUUUGUUCCCAAAAAAAACGCGGUCUUUGAAGACUUUCUUAGCCUUCAAGAAUCUUGCAUAAUAUUCAACUAAGUUAGUAUAUCUCUGCAGACUGCAGACUUUGAUUAUCUAAAGUAUGGAAAUCCCUGAAAAUUAGCAAAGAUAACAAAAAACCUUUUGGAAUACUCCUUUGAUCUUCUGGACUUGCUUCCAUUCCUUUCCUGUUAAUCAAGUUUAGUGAGCAUCAGUUAUAAAGGGGUCCAGCCAGAUUUGAUGGUUCCUCAAAUUUUGUAGCAGAGGUUAUUUCCUGUAGAAUAAUGUCAAAGAUGAAUGGUUUUAAAAGGAAAAAGCCUUGAUUUCUAUGUGUUUUAGCUAAAGAAAGAGAUCAUCCCUUGUCAGUUUUCCUCCCAUCUUUGAUGUUUUUUCUUAUGCUUUUGCAUCAUAUUUGAUCCCAGUAGCCAUCUCUGUCCUCCUCUGAUCAGAGAUAUGCAAGUUUCCUAGGAAGAAAGAUUCAAGCUGAUACCAGCUUUCCUUGUUUUCACUAGAAGUGGAUUGACCACCUCAGUUUCUUGUGUUUUUUGAUCAUUCAAGUUUCUGUUGGUAAAAGAUGGAGAACUCGGAAUCCGUAAUCGACAGCCAACAGCAUCUGCUUGCUGCAGUCUAUCAUCUUGUGAAAGCACUUAAUGGAAGCAAUGAUUUGGUGAAUGGCGACAUGAAAAGGGUCCUAAGUGAACUUGAUGUUCAGCUCUCCAGAUUGAGUUUGGUUGAUGAUACGAGUGAGGCUGACAGGACCAAAGAGAUUGAAAAUCGGCUCAAAUUUGCCCAGAAAAAGAUCAUGAGUUUUGAAUCCAAGGGCUCAAAGGUUUGGGAUUCAGGUCCUGGGGAGGAUUAUGGAUACUUACAAGCUGUUGAUGAAGUUAGAAGGCUGGCAAAUUCUCUGGAAAACAUGCCAACAAGCCAAACUCUGAAGGGGAAACAGCUAAGAGAUGAAGCUCAGAAUAUUCUGCAGGCAGCAAUGGCAAAACUCCAGGAAGAAUUAGUCCAAAUCCUUUCCAAGAACAUGAAACAAUUAGCUGCCCAUGAAUCUGUUUGUUUGCCCAUCUUAUGUGAGGAAACAGCAGUUGGGGAUGAGGAAGAAUCAUCCAUAGUUUCGGCUGAGGAUAUAUCAUUUGAAGUCCCUGGUCAGAGAAGUAGAGCCAUCAAUGAAUAUGAGCAGCAUUUAGUGGAUUUAGUCCAUCCUAAUGCUAUUACUCUGAUCAAAGCCAUAGCAGAAGUGAUGUUUGCUUCUGAUUAUGGUCAGGAGUUUCGCCACGCUUUUAUUGGUUUCUGGAGGAAGGCCUUGGAUGAUUACUUGAUCACUCUCAACGUCAAACAAGUCAGCAUAGAGGACGUUCUUAAAAUGGAUUGGAAAUGCUUGAACUGCCGGAUCAAAAACUGGUGCCGGGCGACAAGAAGCUUGAUUGGAUUCUAUCUUCCUAGCAAAAGACGGCUAUUCAACCAAAUUCUGGAGGGUCUGGGAUCAAUGAGCUCUUCUUGCUUCAUUGAGGCUUCUAAGGCUUCUGUGAUGUGCUUUCUGAAUUUUGGCCAAGCAGUCAUAAUUGGCCCCAAAACACCAGAAAGACUUUUUUGCUUGCUUGAUAUGUAUGAGGUUAUGUCAGGACAUCUGCAAGAUUUGAAUUAUUUGUUUGCAGAUGACGACGGUUCUGGUUUGGGUUCUUUUGUCAGGAAUGAGUUUCAUGAGCUUCUAGAGAAACUAGGAAACUCUGCAAAAGAGAUCUUUCUCCAACUUGGGAACCAUAUUGCCUCAAAUACAUCGAGAACUGCUUUCACAAGUGGAGGAAUUACCCAUCUUACAAGGUAUGUCAUGAACUAUAUGAUGCUAGUUCAAGACUACGGCCAUACCCUGAAUUUGCUCCUUGAAGAACAGAACCUAAUUGACAAUCCAGGUCGAGUCUCUAAUGCAGAGGUUUCUCAGAUCAUCGAUGGCUACAGGACAAGUCCCGUGGCACAUUUCCUUCAAUCAGUUACUUCCAUUUUGGAAGCCAAUCUGGAUGCUAAGUCAGACCUAUACAGAGAUGAAGCUUUGAAGCAUAUAUUCAUGAUGAACAACAUCCACUACAUGGUCCAGAAGAUUGAGAACUCCGAAAUACGAAGCUAUUUUGGGGAUGAAUGGCUCCGAAGGCAUGUCAGAAAAUUCAGACAGCAUGCAACAACUUAUGAGAGAAUCGCAUGGGGCAACAUACUUUCAAUGCUAAAGGAUGAUGGGUGCAAAGGAAAGGCAGCUCUUAAGGUUAAAUGCCAGAAAUUCAAUGCUGCUUUUGAGGAGCUAUACAAGAGUCAAACGGGAUGGAAUAUCCCAGAUAGGGAACUUCGGGAGGAUGUCAGAAUCUCAGCUUCCGGGAAACUCAUCAAUGCAUACAGGCCAUUUGCCGGUAGGUUAAGAGAUGGUUGCAUUAGUGACCGCUAUAUCAAAUACACAGCAGAUGACUUAGGGAAUUAUAUCUGGGAUCUUUUUGAGGCUUCUCCUAAGUCAUUGAACCAUCACAUUAGGCGAUGAGUUCGGAAUUUUCUCAAGUCCUGGUUGUAGCUAAUGUACCAUUGGAUCAUUAAGUUGAUUUGCAUUUCUCUAAUUACAGUGAUUUCUAGUGCAUUUCUUUGUAGACAAAGAACCUACACUUCUUACUAACAUACACUAUCACUAAAAUAAUAAAGAAUAUUACUUCAGAUAUGCAUAUCGAUAACAUAGAGCAUUCCGGUG